GGCUGCACCAUCAUUGACUCAACUCUACACAGAACGCAUGGCUAAAUAAAUUGACUAUCGUGUCUACCGAUCUCUGAUGGUACUUGGCAUCUUAGAGUUCGGUGAGAUGUAGAAUGGCGUCGCUGAUAUAAGGUGUCCCAGUCUGACGGGCGUCCCCGGUCCAUGGAGGACUUUUCCGUGCCAAGCCCAGACCAAGCCGAGUUUAUCGCGUUCCCCACCGAGCUGUCAACCCGAGCGAUGGCCGGAAAAAAAAUAAGGGAAAACCAUAGUCAAGCGUACAGAAAAUGACUCAAACUGCCAGUAGCGAAAAGAGGCUAGGGGCCGAUCCAGCGAUGGCGUGCUCAGGAAGUAGUGCGUCGCCAUCGACAGGGACAGCAGGCCAAAUCGAUUUAAAGAUCAACGGAAUUCCAUCAGCGCGGUUCGGCGUUUCGUAGGAUACGAGAAAAGAAAAAAAUCAAAUCAACUUCGCUCCCGGCCGCGGGAAACUCGACGCGAACAUGGCAUCCCCGGAGCCAUCCCAAGUGGACCACCUUCCACCACCGCACGUCUCUUCCGAUGAGAAAUCACCCGCUGCCCAAACCAGCGGCGGCGAUGGAGCGCUCGAUUUAUUGGCAGCAGGUGGCCGUGGCAACAAUCUAGAUCCUGAAGCAUCAGGGCGCCUGGUGCGCAAGAUCGACCUGUACGUCAUGCCGUUGAUCUGCGUCGUGUACUUCCUUCAGUACCUGGACAAGAUCGCGAUCAGCUACGCCAGUGUGACGGGGAUGCGCGAGUCCACAAACCUCCACGGCAAUCAAUUCAACUGGGUGUCCAGCAUGUUCUUCUUCGGCCAGCUGGCGCUCUCGUUCCCGACGAUGCGUCUGAUCCAGGCCUUUCCCCUGGCGCGCUACGUCGCCGUCAACGUGACCCUCUGGGGAAUCAUCUUGGCUUGCAUGGCGGCCUGUCAGUCGUUUGCGUCGCUGAUGGUCUGUCGUACGCUUCUGGGCGCCAUGGAGGCAGCCGUGGUGCCCGCCUGGGUAGUCUUCACCUCGCAGUGGUAUCGUAAGGAAGAGCAGGCGUUCCGCGUUGGUAUCUGGUUUUCCAUGUGCGGGUGGGCCCAGAUGCUCGGAGGCUACAUUGCCUAUGGGGUGGCCGUCCACAUCGGGGGCGACCCCAACGCCUCCCUACGGGGUUGGCAGGUCAUCUUCCUGAUCCUCGGUCUGUUCACCGUCGUGACCGGCGUUCUCUUCUUCUUCAUUCUACCCGAUUCGCCAGUCACGGCCCGAUUCCUCUCCGCCGAAGAGAAGGCCCUACAUGCCGAGCGGCUUCGAGCGAACGAGCAGGGCAUCGGAAGCACCGUGUUCAAACCGGCGCAGGUCUAUGAGGCCCUGGUGGAUCCUCACACCUGGCUGUACGCGUUUUGGGUGUUCGCGGCCAAUAUACCCAACUCAACUGCCACCAGUUUCGGGAACAUCUUGGUGAGCGGCAUGGGCUACACGCAGCGGGAGAGUCUGCUCCUCGUGACGCCGCUCGGAGCGUACGAAGUGGUCCUGCUGGUGGGACUCACCUAUCUCAGUAUGAAAACGGACCAACGACUGUUCUGGUGUAUUGUCGGCCACAUCCCGGCGAUUGUGGGGGCAAUUCUCAUGGCGACGACGGACAAGGCGGCGGCCCUGGUGGGCUUCUACUUGACCGGGGGCAUCCCCAUCGGCUGGACGACGAUCCUGGGGCUCACCAGCACCAAUGUGGCGGGGUCGACCAAGAAGAUUACCGUGUCGUGCAUCCAAACGAUCGCCUAUACGGUCGGAAACAUCAUCUCCCCACAGACCUUCCAAUCCAGCGACGGUCCCAAAUACCUUCCGGCCAAAAUUUCCAUUGUGAUCUUGUACUUUCUCGUUACACUCGAUCUCGUGUUAAUCCGCUGGGUGUCGAUCCGGGAGAACCGCCGACGCGAUCGCGAGAAGGAGGCAUUGGGUGACGCGUAUGUCGUACCGCAGAACCACGAGUUCUUGGACCUGACGGACCGGGAGAAUCCGGAGUUUCGCUAUGCAGUCUGAUUGGAAUAUCAAAGGGAUUGAUACGGAUAGAUGGUUGAAUGACGGACGCAUGGACGGACGGAUCGGGGAUGGCGUUGAAUAACUUGAUCAGAUCGGGAAACCGAUCAGAGAUACCAUCAGGGACCAUGUUACCUGACCGCCCCAUUGCCUGUUUCUUAU